AUGGUUUCAUGCCCUAUUUGUGGACAGACAGUUGCCAGAGAAGACAAAAAACCAUUGACAUGCCCUAUCACUACAUGUCAAGCCAUUUUUCAUGGUAAUGCCUUAACACGGACGAAGGGCUCUAUCCCUGCAAGAUCAGCUUCUCAGCAACCAACUGCCUCCGACGCCGCGUCACAGCUGCUCAUGACCGCCAUCCGAGACCUAACGGCUGAGGUUAAGGGAUUAAAAUUCACCCUCGAUGCUAAUGCCAGUGAGGCAAAGGAAUUAAAAACAACUCUGGAGAAGCAGACUAAUAUAACCUUUGAAAACGCAGACAAAUUAAAUGCAAUAGAGACCCUUCUGGAGACCCAAAAUUCGAGGUGGAAGGAGUAA